GGGGAACCUUCUGGUGCAACUCUCAAAGUCUUAGUGUGAGCAUAUUGGCACUUAUUGAUCGAAUAUGCUAAUGACAAAGAAGGGGGUCUCAAUUAUAAAAAGAAAAAAAGCAAACUGGCAUCAUGCUAAGGAAAAGCAGAAAAGAAAAAAUCAUAUCCACCAUGGUCUUUUCCGAAGAGGUUACAAUGAAAUUGGACAAAAUCUUAUUAGGCAAGAGAUUUUAUUUGCCUCUCUGGUUUCUUGGUGGGUGGAUGUGUUUCUGUUGGGGCUUUUUUGUUUUUUCUGUUGCUGGCUCCUGGACAGGAAGGUUGGAGAGUCUCAUAUGUUUUCUGUAUGGCUCUGCAGCCUGCAUUCUAUCAUGUGAGUAAAUGCUGUGUUCACUGAGCUGUAAUGACUAGGCGUAACAUGAUGCCACUGUUGGGAUGAAAACGUCUACUUGGAGUGAAUGGGCUGCCUUCAUAAAAGAAUGAAACUCAACUCAGUGUUGUCUGUAUACCUGCUUCUGCCUUCGUCUGGUCCUAAUCUGAAGGCAGGGAGUAUGGUGACCGCACAGAGUGCCCAGAGAAAUCCAGCUGAAUGACUGUGACUGAGACACAGAGACAAAACUAAGAGGCCAUCCAUGGAUAUUUCUCAGCUUCACAGCUCCCUCUCCUUGGUUGAUGUGCUUCCUCCACCGCAGCUGUUGGACUUGCCCCGGCCCUGGCAGGGAGAGCUUUGGAAAGAUGGAGAGCCAGAGGAGAGAGCUCCUGGAUGCCCUCUGGGAGAAAGAUGAAGAGGAAGAAGAUGGGAUGGCUGCCAGUGCCACCUCCACCUUCCGCCUCAGCGAAGCAGAGGAGGUGCAGGUAGAGAUGCUGGAAAAGGCCAGGGAGCUCUUUCAGUUGUGUGACAAGGAGAAGAAGGGCUUCAUCACCAAGCUGGACAUGCAGAGGCUGCAGAGUGAACUUCCCCUCACCCCAGAACAGCUGGAGGCUGUCUUUGACAGCCUGGAGCAGGACAAUAAUGGGUACCUGACGCCUGUGGAGUUCAGCAUGGGACUAGGGAAGUUCAUAGGGAUUGAGCUGUACCAAGGCUCUGGGAGCACACAUCACUUCAGACAUGAGGAGACCUUUGAGUCGGGCUGGUCCGAUGACUUGGACCACACAGACGAUGAAGAGGAGAAGCGAUUUUGUUCAAUAAUGGAGCAGCUUGGAGCAGCCCAAGUCUUUGAAGAGCAGAGUGAGGUUCGGGAGCUCUGGACUCGUCUCCGGAAAGAACGGCCAGAUCUCUUGGCCAGCUUUGAGGAAUUCCUCUUCCAUGUUUCAUCGUACAUCAGGGAGGUACAUUAUGAGAGAGAAUCCAUGGAGCAGGCACUAAAGAGCAAGGAGACAGACCACGACAGAGAAGUCAGGUGUCUUUAUGAAGAAAUGGAGCAGCAGAUCAAAGCGGAAAAGGAACAACUGCUCUGCCAGGAAUCACAGAGGCACAACAGGAGCAACCUGCUGCAGAAGGAGCUGCGCAGCAAGGAGCAGGAGCUUGAGAAAAUCCUCUGCCGGCAGAAAAAGCUGGAACGUGAAAUCCAGUCUCUGAACUCUGAGCAGCUGGAGACCCGGGUGCAGAACGAGCGGCUCCGGCUUCUGAAUGAGAACCUCCUGGAACAUCUGGAGAGAACCAAGUGGGAGCUGGAGGUGGCCAAAGAGCAUCUGGAGCGUCUCCAGAAGGAGGCUCAGUGCGAACAGGAGCAGAAAGACAGGGAUGUGUUUAGAGUCUCUAAGAACAUGCAGACAGAGAAGCAAAGUCUUCUUCGACAGCUGGAGCUCCUCAGAGACAUGAACAAGAAGCUUCGAGAUGACAGAGAUGCCUUCGAAGCCAAGAAGCUGGUUAGUCUAAAAAAGAAAACCCUCGUCCCCAAACACCGUCCUUUCGACUGCUGCUGCUGUUGUCACCACUCGGGGGCCCUGCACUUCCACGGGGGAGACAUCUCUCAGGAUUUGGAUGAUGAAGUUGUGGUGUCCCAGGAGGUGGUGGUGGUGGUAGCCCUGAGGGCAAAGCUAGCUCCAGCACUUCCAAGCAAAAGACCCCUGUGGAAGAAAGGGUCAGCGAUAGGCAAAUACCUGUUGGAGGACAAGCCGGUCAAACGGCAGCUGGUUCCUGGGGAUCUUCCUCUCCCUUUGCUGGAGGAUGUGGCUGUGGAAGAGCCCAACAAGAAGAGCUGUAAAUGCCUCCUGGACACCUCGACCACAGUGAAGAAGGGAAAAGGAAGCAGCAGGAGCUUUGGAGAGAGCAGCAGCUCAGGCAGAGGGCAAGAGCAGCAGCAAAUGACAGGGGUGGAUGGGCACCCAUGGAUGGCUCCAAAGGGGGAUGUCAACCAGAGGCAAACAGCAGCUGAAUUGGAUGAUGCGCCAUUGUCCCUCCGUGGGCGGCCCCUUGGCACUGAAGCCACAACAACUCAGACCUUGUUUUCUACUAACUCUCUUCCCUUCCUGCCCUGUUCUCCCCAAAUUCAGACACCUGUUGCAGCCGCCUCUUCCCCAGAGCGUCUCUUCAAAGUGGUGUUUGUGGGCAACUCUGGUGUUGGCAAGAGCUCCUUCAUCCAUCGCUUUUGUUAUGACAGGUUCUUGGCUGAGAUCAAUGCGACCAUUGGUAUGGAUUACCAGGUGAAGAGUUUAGUGGUGGAUAACACACGGGUGGCCUUGCAGCUGUGGGACACAGCAGGCCAGGAGAGGUUCCGGAGCAUCACCAAGCAGUAUUUCCGGAAGGUGGAUGGUAUCUUUGUGAUGUAUGACAUCACUGCGGAGUGCUCCUUUGUGGCUGUGCGGAACUGGAUGGGUAGCAUCCAGGAAGGGAUUGAGGAUGGAGCCAUGAUCUUUCUGCUCGGCAACAAAACGGAUGCAGCAGAGAGUCAGCCCCAACAUGUGCCCAAGCUAGAGGGGCAAAGGCUGGCAAAGGAAUACAAGGCUGUCUUCUAUGAGUGCAGUGCCAGGACCGGCUAUAACAUCCUGGAGCCCAUGCAGCACAUGGCAAGGUUGCUGACAGCUCAAGAGGGCAAGCAGAGGGAGAGGGCCCUGUGCCUGGAAGAUGACCACCGAAGAAAGGGGUGCUGCUUGUGAUGGAGCAAAGAGCAGCCCUCAGGAGUGUAUGGGGCUACACACGGCUGGCUAAGCAGGUUGCCUCCCUACAAGCUGAGAACUGAUGUUAUCAGCUCCACAGAGACUCAGGGGAAGGUGCAAGCUUGUCCCAGCAGAAAACAACCAGGCGCUAAAACAAAACAAAGUUGUGUGCAAUAGAAUCAUUCUCAUUUCUCUUCAUGCCCCCCUCCCCAUGCUCUCAUACAGGUGCGGCAUUGUCACCCCCCACGUCCCUCCAGGGACACGCUGCUUGAGAUGUUGCACUGGCCACACAGAAAUUGGUUCUCCUCUUUGCUUUGAUCCUUCUGUGUCUGAGUCCUGGUGGGAACCGUGCACAAGUGAAUGGAGAGCGUCACUAACGCUCCGUUGUCAAUAAGCUAACGCAAUGUCUGACUGUGUAAUAAAGAGAUGGUUAUUUUAAAC